UCCACCCGCCGCUGCUCAGCCGAGAUGGACUGAAGCCUGUCCAGCGCAUUCACGCCGGGGGAAGCGUUUCGUUCUGUGUGCGGAUAUUCGGGCCACGGAGGCGGAUACCUGGCGGCUGAUGGCGUGUCCGGAGCGGCUGGUGCUGGAGUGACAGGCGGCUUUUGGUGUAGCAUGUGAUCCGGAGCACACGCUGAGGCGUGGAAGUGAAUACGAGUCGGAGAAGAAACGUUCCACGUUUGCUUUUGACUGUGCGACCAGGAAGCUGUCGGAGGGAUGCGUGCGUAUCCGGCCAUUCAGGUCACUACCGAGUGUUCCUGCUGUCUCAGUCUGAGAUGUUGAAGUCACCUCGCAGCAUUUUAGGUGGAGCAGCAGCGGCAGCUAACGUUGGUUUCCAGGGAGGAUCAGUUCAGGCGCGGUUAGCCGAGCCAACAAUGCGGAUUCCCUCUGCUCAGCCUUUGUGUCAAUAGACGCUUGCGUGAAGUUGUGAACACUUCCAGGAUCAAUAUACGCCACAUCGACGUGUUUCCCGACAUCGGAGGAGAACAAAGCACCGGCUGGAGGAACAGAUCCCACAUGUGCACAGGUUGUUGGUGAGAUCGAGGACUCGGUGAUGGCGAACGACUCAGUACAAAGUGACCCGGGUGGACUGUCCGUGCUGGAACAGCUUGGUUUGGACCAGAACUCUGACUUCUCUGACUCCGGUGUGCAGCAGCUUCUGGACGAACAGCGUGAGAGGAUUCGCCGUGAAAUCCGUAAGGAGUUAAAAAUCAAGGAAGGGGCUGAGAACCUGCGCAGGGCGACAACUGACAAGAGGAACGUUCAACAGGUGGAGAGUCAGCUGCGGAGCUCCAACCGCAGGCUGGAGGAUCUACAUGCUCAGCUGCAAGAGCUGGACGCUUACAUCGUGGUGAAAGGAGGAGACGAGAGUAAAGAUGAGUGUCCCCAGUCUCCGGGGGCAGAGAGUCGAACCUCCGCCCACAAGGAGCGCAUCGCUGCCUUGGAGAGGCAGCUCAACAUCGAACUCAAGGUCAAACAGGGAGUUGAAAACAUGAUCCCCAUCUAUGCCAAUGGAUCCACCAAGGACAAGAAGAUGCUUCAGACUGCCCAGCAGAUGCUGCAGGACAGUAAGACCAAAAUUGACAUCAUCCGCAUGCAAAUCCGCAAAGCUGUGCAGGCUACAGAGCACAAUGACGACACGCAGGGAAACCAGGACCUGUGUGGGGUGGAGCUGCGUAUCGAGGAGCUCCGGCAUCACUAUCGAGUGGAACAUGCAGUUGCUGAGGGAGCCAAAAAUGUCCUCAGACUACUCGGAGCUAGCAAAGUCCAGGACAAGAAAGCCCUGUCUGAGGCGCAGUCUCGCUUGAGUGAGGCCUCGCAGCGUUUGGAUCUUCUUCGGGACUCUCUGGACCAGCGUCUGGCCGAACUACCGGAGGACCAUCCUAAAGCUAACGUUAUCAAAGAGGAGAUGGUCCUGUCCUCCUCACCUGCCUUUAGUUCGCGCCACGGUGCUCCCUACAUGCACAACCAGUACAGCACACUCAACAAGCCCUCGCCCCUCACUGGUACCUUACAGGUCCAGCUGCUGGGCUGCGUGGGUUUGUUGGAGAUGGUCCCUGGACGAAACAAAGGGACCGCCGUGAUGCUGCCCUGCUACAGCCCAGGAGACACCAAGUCCUUCAUGAGGGGCAGCAAAGGCCUGUACGGCCGCAGCGGCUCCGUCAGCGGGAAAACCCCGAGCAAGAUCGAGGAAUUGUCCUCUGAAGUGAGCGCUGUGCUGAAGCUGGACAACACGGUGGUGGGUCAAACAGCGUGGAAGACGGUGGGAGAACAGGCCUGGGACCAGACCUUCACUGUGGAGCUGGAGAGAUCGAGGGAGAUGGAGAUUGCCGUGUACUGGAAGGACUUUCGCUCACUCUGUGCUCUGAAGUACCUGAAGCUGGAGGAGUUUCUGGACAAUCAGAAACACAGAGUUCAGCUGGAGCUGGAGCCUCAGGGCUUGAUGCUGGCCGAGGUCACAUUCUUCAAUCCGGUGAUCGAGCGAGUCCCGCGCCUGCAGAGACAGAAAAAGGUGUUUUCUAAGCAGCAAGGAAAGGCCUUCCUCCGAGCCCGUCAGAUGAACGUAGAUAUAGGCACGUGGGUGAGGCUUCUGCGAAACGCCAUCCCUACUGUCAACAACUCGGGAACGUACAGCCCUAAUGCACAGAGCCUUACACUCAACUCUGGGGAGAUCUCAAUGGAGAAGUUAAGUCUGGACAGCGACUCUCCGAUAAGGGGCGAUUACAAACGAGACUUGGAGAGUCACACUCCGGUGAGACAGACAGAGAGAGAGGGAGACCAGGAGAUGGGGGAGGAACGUCUGCCAGCCAUUGAACCCUCCCCCUCCCCAGACUCCACCCCCGACUGUCCAGUCCGACCCCCAUCUGUCAGCAGCAGGCAGAGGAAAGGUCCUCUGUCUCUCCAGGACUUCAGGCUUAUUGCUGUGUUGGGAAGAGGACAUUUUGGAAAGGUUUUGUUGUCUGAAUACAAGAAGUCUGGAGUGAUGUAUGCCAUCAAAGCCUUAAAGAAAGGAGAUAUCGUAGCUCGGGAUGAGGUGGAAAGCCUCAUGUGUGAGAAGCGCAUUUUUGAGAUCGUCAACCUGUCGCACCACCCGUUCCUGGUCAACUUGUUUGCGUGCUUCCAGACACCUGAACAUGUGUGCUUUGUGAUGGAGUACACAGCAGGAGGAGACCUGAUGAUGCACAUCCACACCGACGUCUUCACCGAGCCUCGAGCUGUCUUCUAUUCUGCCUGCGUAGUUCUGGGUCUUCAAUUCCUCCACGACCACAAGAUUGUGUACAGAGACCUCAAGCUGGACAACCUGCUGCUAGACACGGAUGGUUAUGUGAAAAUUGCUGACUUUGGCCUGUGUAAAGAAGGGAUGGGCUAUGGGGACAGAACCAGCACAUUCUGUGGCACGCCGGAGUUCUUGGCCCCGGAAGUGCUGACAGACGCAUCCUACACCAGGGCCGUGGACUGGUGGGGACUGGGAGUCCUCAUCUAUGAGAUGCUGGUGGGAGAGUCUCCGUUCCCUGGUGACGAUGAAGAGGAGGUGUUCGACAGCAUUGUGAAUGAUGAAGUCCGCUACCCACGUUUCCUCUCCACUGAGGCCAUUGGCAUCAUGAGACGACUGCUACGAAGGAACCCAGAGAGACGUCUAGGCUCGGGUGAGAAAGAUGCUGAGGAGGUGAAGAAGCAGCCAUUUUUCAGGAGCAUGGACUGGGAGGCGCUGCUGCAAAGAAAGGUGCCGCCGCCGUUCAUCCCGACCAUUCGUGGCAAGGAAGAUGUCAGUAACUUUGAUGAGGAGUUCACGACGGAGCCUCCCACACUCACACCUCCACGAGAACCCCGCGUUCUCACUCGUAAAGACCAGGACAGUUUCAGAGACUUUGACUAUGUCUCUGACCUGUGCUAGUGUGCCCGUUUGCUGACAGACCACUGAGAAGGUUUGCUGCUGAAGGCUUGUGGACUGUGGACUGUUUGUCGAAAUGCUUAGGAUUUAUUACACUGUGAACGAAAGUGGAGACACUGAAGGCAGCCAUUGUUGUGUCUUCUGGACGGUUUGAAGGACCUUUUAAUUCCACUCCGCUCACCACCCAACACGCCUGUCCAAAGUCAGCGACGCCUCCAGUGGAGCAGGGCAGCAGAGAAAGAGGGUGAUGCCUCAUGUACCAUGCCUUAUGUUUGGUUUUUAAGAUCAAUGUUUCGACCAUUCCAGCGACAGAACAGAUGGUCAGCUCUCUGAAGUGUUUCUUUGUUUGGUUUUAAAACAACACACUGCACAAUGAUUUUAUUUUCUGCACUCAAAUUAGAAUAAGUCCGUUCAUUUGGGGACAGUGACCACUGCUUUAUAUCAGUGUGACAAAACAUUGAUUCAUUUAUCUUAUUUUCUACUGCUUUGUUUUUGAUUAAUUUCCCAACACUGUGUAUUUUAACGGAAAGAAAGACAUUUUUAUAAAUUGUCUGCACAGUUCGCAGUUGACUGAACUGAUCCAGUUUUUUGUUUGGCACAAAAUGAUGGUUAAAUAAUAGAAUUAGAUAUUUGAUUAAUUAUUCGUUUUAUCUACACGUGAGAAACAAAUGUAGCAUGCAGAUUUUGAAGAAAAACUUCACCUCAAGUGAAUUUCGGCAUGAAGGGACUCACCACUUGCAGUUUGGGAUCAUCUGGACAAGAUUGUCGGUAGGUGUCGUCUCACCUGAUGGGGACUCCGUGCAGCAGGAGAGUCACUUUGUAGCCUUCGGUCCGUCGUCGCUGUAGGGCCAGAUUCAUGUUGAUGGGCAAUACUUGGAUAUAAGCAGAAAUCAAAUUGAAAAGGUCACUCAUUUUGUUUUGUUUUUCUAGGAGCAAACGUUUGUUGUGAGGUUAUUGUACUAUGGUGUGGAUUUUACUGAACUUGUGUAUGACUUGAUGAAGCCUUGUGAGGUGAAAGACUUAUUUUAUAAAGAAAUUCUUGAGGGAACCCUGUGUUUUGGUGUUUGGCACUUGAUGCAAACAUACCAGGAAACAGCUUGUAUGGCAGCCCCCCCAACGGACAUAUUUAAAUGUCCUUUAUUUGUCCCACUUUAUGUAUUUAUUUUAUUUUAUUUAAAAAAAAAAUUCUCUGGUCACAUUGGCUCAUUAUAUAUAUACCAAUUUAUUGCUACAUGUAUAUAGGUAGAUCACACUUUCAUACACAGACUGGCCUUUUUGAAGUUUCGCUUUUUUUUCAGAUUGCGUUUUCAAAACAGUUGUGUGUGUGCAACAAUGAUAAACAGAUUUUAAUUUUGAAAGUGAUCCUUUUGCAUUAAGGAACUAGUUAUUGUUUAGUUUUGGUUUUUUUAACCUGAUCUGUUCAACGAAAGUUCGUUCCCUAUGAAUUUCCAUUACCACCGGUCAUGUGACUGGCUCCAGUCAAAAAAAAAAAAAAUCUGGCAAUAAUUUACACUUUUCACAUACAUCAACUUCCAUGUGCCUAAUGUCACUAAAUGUAGGUGAGCCAACGUUUUCAUUCUCAUCUAUUGACUGAACGUGACUGCCAUCUGCUGUCCAAGUUAGCACAUUGCACUCAAUAUACUAUAUCAAGUAUCACGGUAUAUAGAUACAAGUAGGGCAAUAAGAUCAAAAUCACACUUUUGUUGAGUGGUUUGGUGGAGUCAUGGGCUGUGACUUACUAUGAUGAUGAUUAUUAUUAGUAGUAGUAUUUGUCGACUGAGUAAUAAUAAUUGCAGUGCAAUUCUGACACAUAAUAUACAUAAUUCUCAACAUUAUCACUGCUGUAGAAGGUGGUCGAUAAUAAAACUGAGCUCAGUGUUCAAGAAGGUGACAACAGAACAUAUGUUUUUUGUUUUUCUUACCUCCCUGCCUGAGAGUCAGGAGCAGUUAAAACGGCUGAUAUCCCAGACUGCUGCUUCACCUCCAUUAAUCCUUGUCAACAUGAGAAAAUAGAUAAGAACUUUUAUUUGUUAACAAGUUCAAAUGAGUAGUUGAAAUGGAAAGAGUGAUGUUGGUGUUAGCAAUAGUAAGGCCAAUUGAUAUAUUUGUCAUGACGUGGCAUAAAUACACCAAAAUUCUACAAUAAAAUGUGUCCUAAAUCAGUCAUGUGACAGAUACUACCUUCUCAUAUGAUAUGUAAGUUUU